GCACAACUCCGCUCUGACUGGUGGAGCCUGGCGCGUGUCGCCGAGACAGGGAGGCGCGGGGCGGGCGCUUCCGCGGUUGCGAGGCGCCGGUCGACUGUGGCGAGGCCGGGUGGCAGUGCUCGGGGGAAGCGCGUUCUCGGCGGGUGGCGGCGGCGGCUCCGCCAGCGACGGGCGGGGUCGGAGCGAGAUGGAGCCGUGACCAGUGACUAGGGGAAGAGCUGCUGGCAUGGAAGUGAGCUGGGUUUGUCCAUGGGAACUGUGAGUAAGGUAGCCAUCACGAAAGCCAAAGUGGAUUUCUCCGGGGUGGUGUGCCUGCCCCCUUCCGUCAUUGCUGGAAAUGGGCUGGACGGAGGAGGGGCUGGCGAGAACGACGAUGAGCCGGUGCUGGUGUCGCUGUCGGCGGCCCCCAGCCCGCAGAGCGAAGCUGUUGCCAAUGAGCUGCAGGAGCUCUCCUUGCAGCCCGAGCUGACCCUCAGCCUCCAUCAUGGCCGAAACCCCAACCUUCCUCCACUCAGUGAAAGGAAGAAUGUGCUGCAGUUGAAGCUCCAGCAGCGACGCACACGGGAGGAGCUGGUGAGCCAAGGGAUCAUGCCGCCUCUGAAAAGUCCAGCUGCAUUUCAUGAACAAAGAAGGAGUUUGGAGCGGGCCAGGACAGAGGACUAUCUGAAACGGAAAAUCCGGUCCCGGCCAGAGAGAUCAGAGCUGGUUAGGAUGCACAUUCUGGAAGAGACCUCAGCUGAACCCUCCUUGCAGGCCAAGCAGCUGAAGUUAAAGAGAGCCAGACUGGCAGAUGACCUCAAUGAGAAGAUAGCACAGAGGCCAGGUCCCAUGGAGCUGGUGGAGAAGAACAUCUUGCCUGUGGAAUCGAGCCUGAAAGAAGCCAUUAUUGUUGGACAGGUGAACUACCCAAAGGUUGCAGACAAUUCCUCCUUUGAUGAGGACAGCAGUGAUGCCCUCUCCCCAGAGCAGCCAGCCAGCCACGAGUCCCAGGGGUCUGUCCCAUCGCCGAUGGAUUCACGGAUUUGUGAGCCUCUCCCUAGCACCACUGGCACAUCAGUAGCUCAGGGUACAUCCCAAUUGCAGAUUAAUGCAGAUGCCACUGAAACACUUUUCCUACCUGAACAGCCACCCCCACCUCUGCCACCUCCACCUCUUCUGCCCCCUAGUCUUACAAAUGGAGUGGCUCUUACUGCUGCCAAGCCCCCCCCAACACUCAUUAAGCAAAGCCAGCCCAAGUCUGCUAGUGAGAAGUCUCAGCGCAGUAAAAAAGCCAAGGAGUUGAAGCCGAAAGUCAAGAAGCUUAAAUAUCAUCAGUAUAUUCCCCCGGACCAAAAGCAGGACAAGGGAGCUCCUCCCAUGGAUUCAUCCUAUGCCAAAAUACUGCAACAGCAGCAGCUCUUUCUCCAGCUUCAGAUCCUCAACCAGCAGCAGCAGCACUACAACUAUCAGACCAUCCUGCCAGCCCCACCAAAGCCUCCAGGAGAGCAGCAGAGUGGUGCCAGUGCCCCUGCUGUGCGCAAUCUCUCUGCCACAGUCAGCAGCACAUCUUCAGUAUCCUCUGGUUCCAGUGGGCUGAUGCGACAGAACAGUAAUGCUGCAGUUGGCAAGCCUGGCCCUCUCCCUGCCAACCUGGAUGAGAUGAAGGUAGCAGAGCUGAAGCAAGAGCUGAAGUUGAGGGCCUUGCCUGUCUCGGGCACAAAGACAGACCUGAUUGAGCGUCUCAGAGCUUACCAAGAGCAGAAUGGUGCAGCCGGCCAAACAACCCCCACUCCCAAGCCCAGCACAGCAGCUGUCCUCCCAAAAGCUGCUGAAGUGGUGGUAGCUUUCCCAGCUGCCAGGCUGAGCACAGGGCCAGCCCUGGUCACCACUGGCAUUGCACCAGCAGAAGUCGUAGUGGCCACAGUCACCGGCGGGAGCGUGAUGAAGUUCGGCAGCACAGGCUCAACUCCUCCUGUUUCUCCAACUCCUUCUGAGCGCUCACAAAUGAGCACAGGGGAUGAGAACUCAGCCACAGGAGAUACCUUUGGAGAGAUGGUGACUUCCCCCCUGACCCAGCUCACCUUGCAGGCAUCUCCAGUACAGUUUCUGGUGAAGGAAGAAAGCUCCAAGUCUGCCUCCUGCAGCAUAAAUGCGACGACCAGGUCAGAGCGGUGUAGCACAGGUAACAGCAGAGAUGCAGAAGUUAGGGACAAAGACCAGAUGCUGCAGGAGAAGGACAAGCAGAUCGAGGAACUCACCCGCAUGCUGAAGCAGAAACAGCAGCUGGUUGAGAUGCUUAGGCUACAGCUAGAGCAGGAGAAACGCUCUCAGCAGUCACUGUCGGCCCCGGCAGCUGCGGCAGAAGGAACAGCCAUUGCCCCCAGCCCAGCAGCGUUUGACACCCAGGUCAAGAGUGAAAACGGUUUCCUGAGUUGCCAGUCUGCAAAGCAAUCCAGUGGCCAAACAGACCAAUUCAGCCCUGCACCAACCACUAGCCAAAUGGACACUUCGAAUCCAAGCCCGGUGCCAAAGAAAGCCGUGAUGGUGAAGCAGGAGGUGCCAGCCACGGAAGCGGAGCCACCGUGCCAGUCCCACAGCCCGCGACUUGUCCUUGGCCAGCAAGGGAGUGCCCUGAGCGACCUCAUCAAGGGCACCCCUCCCCCCACCCUCAUUACGGACUCCACAGGGACCCACAUCGUCCUCACCGUGACCAAGCAGAGCGCCGAGAGGCAGGGCCUCUCACCCCACGGGAAGGCAGGGAGUAGCUGCCCGGCCUUGCAGAGAGUACAAUCAUCACCCUCUAAAGCUUCCAGCCAGCCACCGUGUCAGCUACCUAAAAGCAGCCCUCCACAGCCCACGCAGCAGCAGAAGCAGCAGCAGACCCUGCAGCCGCAGCAGUCCAGAGGACUAAACCAAUCUGUCAGGAAGCCCUCAUCACAGCCUGGCUCUCCUGCUGCCCAUUCUCCAUCCCAGAUGGACCUAGAGCAGCAACAGCACACAAUGCUCUUUGGAAGUCCUCCACCUCCUCUCCCUGUUCCUUCAACCCCCAUGAAAGAGCCACCAGGCUAUGAAGAGGCUAUGAAGCAACAGCCAAAGGCCCAGGAGAAUGGCUGCUCCAGCCAGCAGAUGGAUGACUUGUUUGACAUUCUCAUUGAAAGUGGAGAGAUUUCUGCUGACUUCAAGGAUCAGUCAUCCCCAGCUGGGAAAGAGCCAGCCGUGGCCCCGGUCUGCUCCCCACCGCCCAGCAGCCACCCUUCCUCAGAGCUGGCGGUGCCAGUGUCCCUGGGGCAGCCUGUGCCCGUGGGGCGGCUGGAGGACUUCCUGGAGAGCAGCACUGGCCUCCCGCUGCUGACAGCAGGCCACGAGGGGCCGGAGCCUCUGUCUCUGAUUGAUGACCUCCACAGUGAGAUGCUGAGCAGCUCGGCCAUCCUGGACCACCCGCCUUCACCUAUGGACACCUCCGAAUUGCACUUUGCUCAUGAGCCCUCCGGGGGCAUAGCCCUGGAUCUGGCUGAGGCUAACCUGGACAGCAUGGACUGGCUGGAGCUGCCAGGGGGGCCUGUCAUGAGCUUGGCUCCCCUUAGCACUGCGGCUCCCAGCCUCUUUUCCACAGACUUCCUUGAUGGACACGAUCUGCAGCUGCACUGGGAUUCUUGCUUGUAACUCUGUGAGCAGAGACUGGAGGGAAUGGGGAGUGGGAGGGCACAGGCAUGCAGGGGGAAAAGGCCAGUCAACCAAAAAAAAGAACAAAACAGAACUGAGCUCCUGGUAUUUGUACUCCUCCCCCAACAGUGUCCUUCCUGCAUGGAACUGGUGCUGCUGGCAAAGGCAGACCCGCUGCUCGGGCAGUGGGCCAGGCCAGGGCAGGGAGAACCACUGCUGGCGGGUAAGAAGAGGCUGUGUGAGCUCUGGGGCUGGUGGCCUCCUACCCCCUCAGUGUGGCCUGACCCAGCUGGGGUGAGAACCCUGCCCUUCAGGGCAGGAGUAGCCAUGGCCUCACGCAGGGUGCAGUGGGGCCAGGCACAAGUUCCCUCAGAGCAGGGCAGAACACCACUGGGCCCAAGCCCUUUCCAGAAGCAGCUCCCACACCUCGCUGGGACUGGGCAGUA